GUUGAAUCUUGAAAAUAUAAAUUCAGGAAUAGUUCAUGGUUUAAAAUAUUUAUUAAAUAGCUAAGUAUAAAUGACCAUGAAUCAUACAGUCAAUAACACAUACCGCAAUAUUCCCUUUACUGACGAAACUCCAAAGGAUGAAUUCUACUCAUUCUUUGACGCCUCAGAGCUGCGAAACUUAUGUGAUGAUGACAUGAUUGUGGCAAAGAAGUGUAGAACCAUUGGGACCCUUUUUAGUGAAAACGGCAGAUACUAUUUGGAAAGUAUAGACUCAAACCAGCGAGAGGACUCCCGUAUCCAAGUCUCCAUGCUGUACAUGGAGUCUGAGAGGAUGCCGUCGGUGGUGCUGCCGCAGACCGUGCAGCUGUUCGGAGAGCUCAUGUGGAGGAACAGACCUGUGCUGAUGGUGUGGAUUGUGAUGGUACUUACAAUUUGCUCGCUUUUCCCGCUACACCUUAAAAGGUGA